AUUUGCUACUGUAGAUUUUUUUUUUGGCUGAGCUCUAUGUUCGAGAGGGCGCCUGAAAAGACAGUUCGUUAUUUGCUCAGGUUGUCAGAGCCUUGGAACAAAGUGGUAAAAGCUUUUGUCGGAAAGUUGUUGCAUUAUUAAACUAAAGUUUGCGACUCUCACUGAUAUUGCAGCUGACAAGAAAAAAAGGCGCCGAACGACAAAAUCUGAAAACAAGCGGAGCAAACAUAAAUAAUUAGAUGUCAAUUCUUUGAAUGAACACUGUUAGUCCAAGGUGAUAAUCAAAAGCCUUUUCCAUCGGCAGCGUGCAUGACUCCAUUUCCGUAUAGCUAAUUCCCAAGAAUAUUCUCCUUGACCGAUUAAAACAAUGAAAAUGAAAAGUUUUCGGCGCGUUUGUGACUUAUCGUCGAUGAAAAAUUUCCACGCCGGAGGUCGUGCCUGCUUCCAAACAUAAUUACUUCAAGAAAUUAGAACUUGGGUUUAUAGAUAACUCCGUAAUGAGGUCGAUUAGUUAUUCGAGAUAGAUCUAGAUUUUGAAUGUUUUUUAUUGUUAUACAAAUAAACAAAACCAGUUAAUCUGUUGUUUCAGCUCGUAGUUUUAAAGUCAUUUGACUUUGGUGCAAAGACUAGUGAAAACUUUCGCUAAAAGCAAUUUGUUUUGUUUUCUUUUCAGCACGUGGUAACCUUGGCGCGCGGUAAACCGUUGUUUGUAGUCAGAUAUUUGACUUCAUAAUAUACGUCUUAGUCAAAACAAAAAGCACCGACAAGCAGGUGCCUAUGUCCAUUUAUCAAUUCUCAUUGGUCGAUACAAUUCAAUAUUGACUGUCCCGGAAAUAUAUGUUACUUUAUGAUAAUACAAUGUUGUCUGAAAAAAAGAUAUUCUUUUGGGUUUUCCCAAUGUAAACGAUGCUCGAAAAAUUUUAUCGCAAAAUCGCGAGCAGGUAUUAUGUCUCUAAUUAACUGGUCUCCAUUACGAAUGGUAAAAAUGUAAAGUUAGAAAAAUGAGAUUGUUAUUGACUAGGGUGCGAAGGAUGUAAUGUAAGAUAAAAGUGCUCUGUUAUCAUCUGUGUCCAAAACAGCAUGUUCUGAUCCCACAACUAAGGCGCCUCGAGUCUAUUUUAAUUCAAAUUUCAAACUGUUUAGUUAUUUAAGUUUGACUUAACACAACAAAUGAAUGCAUGUUAUUUGUCGGUGAUCAAAGGGGGUGAUAUGAGCCAAUCGAAACAGCUUUGAUGACCUGUCCAAUUCUAAAUCCAUCCGUUUCCGUGGAUUUCUCAAUAACAUUGGACUGUCAGGAUAUUAACCCGUCUUCAGAGCUACCCAACCAGGCAAUAAGUACCAAGGACGUCUCAUAGAAGGAAGAUACGGUUAGGUGCCGACUUCUAGGAAAGAUAUUUUUCAGUGCAACUUGAAGCUGGGAUCUAGGACUUAAGAACUGAAUGUGACGUGCACUUAAAUUACGGUCGCGUUUGAUUUGAAAGCGCUGUUAGUUUCUUAAAAUAAGCUAAGAGCCAGACAAGUUCCGGCAAGCACUUAAUCCUUUGUGGGGAUAAGCAGGCGGGAAAACGGAUCCCUUCAUAAUCUGGAUCAUUCCGUUGACAUUGCGUUUUACAGCACUUACGACGUGGUGGUCGAAAUAAAUCUCGCUAACGCACAGUCCCGGCAAAGUUCAACGAAGCAACUUACAGAAACGUGACGCUGUCAUGCAAGUUGGCGUCGGGAAUAACAACACCUCCUCGCUGCCUAACAUUUUGCAUCCAGGCAAUCAUUCUGGACUGAAUAACACAUCGCGACUGUCCUCCGCAGGUCCAAGUGAUUUUGAAAUCAUUUCACAAGCCGUCAUCUUGAUCAUUGUCCUCAUCGUGUCAGUCGGUGGCAAUGGCCUCGUUUGCUUCCUUGUAUUUACGGUUAAACAGCUACAAAUUCCAACGAACUAUUUCAUCCUGUCCCUGGCGCUGGCCGACUUCUUAUUCGCUGUUAUAUGUCUGCCUUUCCGCAUUGUCAAUGUGCUGCAGUAUUACCUGUGGACACUCGGCUUAGGUACCUGCAAAUUCUGGGUCUGGCUGGAUCUUGUCUUCUGUUCUGCCUCCAUCGCAAACCUAGCAGCUAUUAGCGUAGACCGCUAUUUAAAAAUCGCUUCCCCGCUAACCUACGACAUCCGAAUGACAUCAAGACGCGUCGUUUUUAUCCUAAUAACAUUAUGGGGAUAUUCUACGUCUCUGGCGUCGCUCUCAUUUGUGUCCGGCGACGCGUCGGGCAUUAUAGUACGGAACCAAAUGUGUUACAUCGACAACAAGAUCUUCCUGACAGUAAUUUCCGUCAUCGGAUUUUUUGCCCCCUUUGCCAUUAUGCUACUAAUGUACUGUUUUGUUUUUAAAGUGGCGGUUGGUCAAGCGAAGGAACUAUUUCGUUUGCAAGAGUCGCUUUACAACGGGAGUCAGCCGAAGGCGCGGCGAAAAUCUAGCCGAAUAUCACCAGGAACAAUUUUCUUUGAAGUAAAAGCGACCAAAACGCUGAUUAUACUGUUGAGUGUGUUUUGCAUCUGUUGGUCACCGUUUUUCGUUCUCACUCUGCUUAGUCUCCACAGUAAGGCUCUACUCGAACCGCCUGGUUGGUUGUCGAAACUUCUCAAGAUCGUCUUCGUGCAUCUUUUGCCCAACUGCAACGCAGCUUUCAACCCGAUCAUUUACACCACCUAUAACCUUCAGUUCCGUAAAGCUAUUCAGAGACUGUUCAAGCGUUACAGAAACCGAGAACGGUCAGGAAGUUUCAGCUCUUUUUCGGAGCCUCCGACAGAAGUCCGAAAGAAGAUGAACUCUGCACUCUGGACAAAAGCGCCAACAACAACCUCUGUCUACUUCUCUACUGGCGAAGAAGGAACAGAUCGCAUUUUGCCAGAAUCAUAGCAAAAUCUACUGAGCUCAGUCUAGGACCGAUUGCCAUAGGGGGAAAGCUCUAGUUUUCGUUUCAAAAAUGAGAUACAUUUCGGCUCCUAUUUUCAUUUUCACUGUUUUUCAUUCAUGUGUAGAUAGAAUAUUAUUUCAUGAUCAUCGUUAUACAGUCUAUACAGGUAAAUUUCCUUACCAUUAAAUUUAACCAAUACCUGAUUCAAUAGCUUAUCGAUUCAGUUACGCCAAGAGCUCUCAAUAAGCAAUCGUGGAAUUGCGAUUGAAAGAUGGCGCCAAGGGGUAUUUAAUAUGUCUACUGACUGGAAUUUAGAAGACACCCAUUUACAGCUCGAGAUUAAAAAGUCGGUUAAUGUUAAGAGCUUAAGAUAAAAACAGCUUUCCAUAUGUUUACAGCUGUAAGGUAUCGAUAAAAAAUCCAGAAAAAUGAGUUAAUGUUUUUGAGCUUAUCAGCGCGAAAAAAUUCUGCAUAAUAUCAUUUUAACUCUGGCAUAAGACGACUUCUUCGUACGAGCCAAAAUUCUCACCAAAAUAGUAUUGUAUGAAGCAAUAUCGCACUGAUGAGAUUGCCAGUAACAAAUGGGGCACAAUACAAGUUAAAUUGAAGAUUAUAACAUGAAAUAUGAC